GGGUUUGGGGAGCUUGUUGAGAUGAGCGGCCUGCUCUUUUCAGGGUUGUUCUGAUGUUCUAAUGAAUUCUCGUACUUGCUUGGCGCUGGCUGAGUGGUCUGUAGGCCUCCCCUAGCUGAUGUUCAUUCUUUAUUGUUUCUUAAUGGAAGUGUUUCAUUACAUUUUAUAUUCAUUACCACAAAUAUUCUAGCCUCACAUUUUCUGGGUCGAUUUUUUCCAUAAGGGGACGCAAAGAGCAGAAGGCCAUCCCAGCAACACUGGAUGUAAAGCAAUAAUCAACACUGCUUGGCAUGCCAAGGUAUAAAGAGUACAUGUUUGAAACUGAAAUACCCAAGACCACCUACUGUCCUAGCAAGAAGCCAGCAAAAUGAAAGCAAGUCUCUUCCUUUGCACCCUUCUCCUAAUGCCUCCACCCCUGCCAACAAAUAAAAGCUGUACAAGUGACAAGGACCCUGACAACAGAGCUAGAGUGACCUGUGUAAAGGGUGGGUUAACAGCAGUGCCCAGUUCCCUGCCAGACACCACAGAGGUCCUGAUCCUACACUUCAACAGUUUCACCACCAUUUCUUGGGAGGUGUUUGCUGGCUUUCCUCAGCUGUUUGAGCUGGACCUUUCCCAUAAUCAUAUUAGUUUAUUGGAGAAGGGGAAUCCUCCAUCUGUUGGGCCCGGUGAUGGUGGGGUCAGCUCUUGGAAUCUUGGAAAGCUUGCCAAACUACACUUGGUUAACAACAGCAUCUCCACCUUGGCUGAAGAUAUCUUCCAGCCUUUCCCAAACCUGAUGGAACUCUUCCUCUCAGGCAACAAAAUUAAGAUAUUCCCGGAGCAGAUCUUUAAUGGUUUGAAUAUGCUGGAAAAGUUGGACAUCUCCUCCAAUUCAAUUAAGGUUCUGCCAGCUGAUCUAAUCAAUCAUUUACCAAAGCUAAAACACUUUGAUGUGCAAGACAACCAAAUGCAAAUCCUCCCUGAUGGUUUCUUCCCAGAUCGGGAAAUUCCCUAUGUAUUCCUGGGAGGAAACCACUGGUUCUGCAGUUGUAAGAUGGAGUACUUGAGAAAUUGGGUGGAAGAGCAGUCCCAUAACAUUUACAUGUUAACUAAUGGCUCGAUUGAAAAUAGCCCAGAGAGUGUGUUCUGCUCUGGACCAGCACGUUUACAAAAACAUGAAGUACAGAAUUUAGAGAAUAGUGACAUCUGUCCAGCUGAUGACAUAGUAGAACCAUUUGCUACUACUACACAGUUCUUUCCAACAAGUUUUGAAACUCCUUCAAUCAUUCCAAAUUUAACAACUGAAAUAAAAACGACGAGGAAUGACACCACUGCUAUCAGUAUGGCACCUUCUUCCUCAGCGACCUCCCCUAGCAUGUCUACUUUGAGACAUGUCACCAGUACUUUGAUACAAACUUCUUCUUUUGUACCUUCAGAAGAGACUUCCCAACCCAACAUCAGUGAUUUUUUGCCACCCUCUACGGCCACAUCAGCUCCUUCACAGGAGACCCCCUUCUCAACUGUUGCUUCCCUACACCCAUUCCAUACGACAAAAUCAGGAUUCCUAGUAGAAACCUCCCACUAUCCUGUUACCACCAUGGUAACUGUCCUUUCUAGUGUCAUGAACACCACCGAGCUAGACUAUAUCUGGGAUAUUGCAGGAGGUCACCAAGAGAGAAGAAGCACCUCUCACAAGGAAAACCCCGUUGUCCUUUUCUGUCUGCUGCUCUUCAGCUGGUGCUUAGCCUCUUGCCUCCUCCUUAUAGUCUCCACCUGCCUUCUUCUGUACUGGAUAUGGCGGCUGUACUUCAAGUUCUACAGGCCUGCUAAGAAGCUCCUGCUUAAACCACCAAACGUCCGACUGAUCCGGUACAGCACACUUCUGAGAAACGAAGAAGGAAAGUCCACCUCCUGGUUAAAUGACACACUAGAGCACCCAAGAAUAGAGGAGGCUGAUUUUUGUGAACCUGAAGAUCUUUGCUCUUCCAACGAAGUGGGAAGAAUGUCCUCCAUCAGUCUGAAUGAGGGCCUCGAGGGCUCUGCUUUCUAGCUUUGUUGAACUGCAGAAGCACACGGCUGAUUCGAAACAUCUAGUCUUAUAAAUAAUUUUGUAUAUUAUUUUUAAACUUCGGAUCCUCCCUGCAUGGAGUAUGCAUGUUCUCCCCGUGUCUGCGUGGGUUUCCUUCCACUGUCCAAAGACAUGCAGGUUAGGUGCAUUGGCGAUUCUAAAUUGUCCCUAGUGUGUGCUUCCAACAGAAUUGUAGUCUUGCAACACUGCAUUCAUACGUAUUAAUCAGUCCCACUUUUAUAUAAGACAUCGAAUGUAAAGUUCUGAGCUCGGCCCGAGUCCUUCCUCUCAGUUCUUGUGUCUUUCCUUUCUGAUUGGCCGGAUCACAAAUGCGGCAGCAACAUGCCAAGAAGGAAGCUGAACUGAAGGCUUUGUCAUAAACUGGAAGUGCAGUGAUGGUGCACCACUGAAGGGUUGGUUAGUUAGUUAGUUAGUUAGGUAGGUAGACUUUAUGAUCCAAAAGGGAAAUUUGUUUGAAGCAGGGAAGUACAAAACUCAGGACAAGUUACACAGAUACAAGAAAAUAAGCAAAGGCCCAGCAACUAACGACCAGUGUUGUCAUAAGUUCACACACUCAAGAUUAGUCCUUUAACAGGACACCAGAUAAUCAUUCUCAAUUUAACAUUUAGCAGCAUCCCUACAAGUAACACAAUUUCAAAUGUUUAUAAAUUCCUGGAAUAAAAGAGUUUUUACUGUUCUGUUGCUCUUUACUCUCAGAAACCUAAAUCUGCAGCCGGAUGGCAACAACUGGAAAUUGAAGGAAAGAGGAUGGUGACGGUCUGACAGAACUGAGUCGGCCUUCUUUCUAACCAGUUUGUGACACGGCUCAGUGACAGGGGUCUGCUGUGAACCAGUAAUUUUACUGAUGAUUUUUACAAUGUUCUUAAUGCUGAAGUUGCCAAACCAGCACAUAAAAGCAAAUGUAACAACAGAUUCAGUUAAGGAUUAUUAUAAAAAGUGGCCAUAUAGCUUUAUCUACUUUAAAACAGUUGAGUUGCCCAAGAAUGAAAAGCCGUGUCUGCCCCUUCCUACAAAUGUGUUCUGUGUUAAGAUCAAAGUUUAGCCUGUUAUCAGUGAUUGUCCCCCUUCUCCAUUGUGUCCCAUUUAAUUCAAGUUAAGACAGUGGAAGAAGGGCAGCACCUGAGAUCUAUAGCCGUCUCCUUGGUCUUAGACAAAUUUAGCUGUACAAAGGAACAAUCGCACCUCUGAAUAAAGUCAUCAACAACAGGUCCAUGGCUGUCCUCCUUGUAGAAGACUCACAAUGAGAGAGCCAUCUGCACAUUUCAGGAUAUGUCUGUCCUCGUGUGGACUCCUGCAGUUAUUGGUGUAUAGGAUGAGCAAAAGAGGAGAUGGACAGCAACCGUGGGGGUACUGAUAGAUAUGCUCAGGUUAUUAGAAAAACAGAUAUCAGCACUCACGUUUUGUGUUGUUAGUUGAAAAGUCCAGAAUCCACCCCACCAAGUUAGGAUCCGAACAGAGCUGAUCAUUCGGUGUAUCAACUAAAAUGUGACACUGGAUUGUAUUAAAAGCUGAAAAGAAAACUGCAAACAACAAUCUUGUGUGGUUUUUUGGUCCUUCCAAGAGUUCAUACAGUAAAGUUAGAGGUGUUGCUGCGGUGUCCUCCACCCUCCUUUUUGCUCAUCAUAGGCCU